CACGCGCACACAUAGCUCCCUCGCACAAAGGCAACCUUAAAAAGGUGGUAGGACAGAACAAACAACUACGAAAAACAAUGCGUCGACACAAUUAUUUUAAAUUGGUUAAAUAGCUACAUUUUAUGUUUUUAACCGAAACACAUUGCUCCUUGUUUGGAAGUCACCCGAUAGAGACUUCUCCUUAAAAAAACUCAGUUACCCAUAAACGGCUUGAUCUGCUGAAAGUCAGCUGACUCCUCACAUGACAGAGUUUUUACGAUUUCAGCAUUGAAGCACCGAUGAUUAGUUAGCAGCGUGAAAACUGUUCGAAAUUGUCAGGUUUGUUUGGUGGAUUCACAUAAUUUAAAUAUACGUAAAGUCGAUUUACAUGGACGUCUGUUGGGUCUGGUUCUGAGACCCUGCAAACUGAACAAUAACUAUAGGAUCUUACCACAGGACUCCAGCUGCAUUCUGGACAAACUGGAGCUUGUUUAUGCUCCUACUGGAAAAUCCAGACAGUAAAGCAUUACAGUAAUCCAACCUAUAGCUCUCUGCCCGAUUGGUGGACUGAGUGUUAGUCAUCUUUGUCGCCAGUUGAUCAUGGGGAUGCACCUGAAAUGGGAGGAGUCCUAUCUUUAAACCCUAGGGAGGACGAACAGGUCAGCAAGUGUGGGCGCAUACAAAACCCUCCCAAAGAUUUUCUCUGUCUAGACAAACGAGCAGUCACCUGCUAUCUUUGUGCUUUUCAGGGUGCUGUAAAGAAAGGAUAUCACACCAAGAUGAGGCCAGAAAUCAAAUCACUGUUAAACAUAAUUGUAUUGGGUCUUAGCUUUAUGUUAAUGUUCACUGCCUUCCAGACCUGUGGAAACAUUGAACAAACUGUGAUUAGAAGUUAUAAUAGCACGGAAUUCCAUGGAAGUGGGUACACAAGCAUGGCUAUUAUCUAUGGAGUUUUCUCUGCAUCAAACUUAAUUGCCCCUUCAGUGGUAGCUGUCAUUGGACCUCAGUUGUCACUAUUUUUCAGUGGACUAAUUUAUAGUGGAUACAUUGCUAUGUUUAUUCACCCCUUUACCUGGAGUUUCUACACUGCUUCAGUCUUGGUUGGAAUUGCAGCUGCAGUGCUGUGGACAGCUCAGGGGAAUCUUCUCACCAUCAAUUCCAGUGACUCUUCCAUUGGACGGAACAGUGGGAUAUUCUGGGCUUUGCUUCAGUUUAGCUUGUUCUUUGGCAAUCUAUACAUUUAUGUUGAAUGGCAAGGGAAGGUUCACAUAUCAGAUAAAGACCGGCAGACAGUGUUCAUCUCACUCACCAUCAUCAGUCUGGUUGGAAACUUCCUUUUCUUCCUCAUUCAGCGACCUGUAACAGUUGUGCUGUCUGACAGAUCUGAAUCACCACUGCCUGGAGACGCUUGUGAAAGCGACUCAGUUGUGAUAGCACCCCAGGGUCUAGGUGCUCAGGCACUGGUGGCAUUCAAGAAAUCCAUUCAGCUGGCCAUGACCAAAGAAAUGUUGCUGCUAAGCAUAUCCAUCGCAUACACAGGGCUGGAACUGACUUUUUACAGUGGUGUUUAUGGGACAUGUGUUGGAGCCAUGACUCGCUUUGGUGAUGAUGCCAAAAGUCUAAUUGGCCUUGCUGGAAUUUUUAUUGGUGUUGGCGAAAUACUUGGUGGGUCUGUGUUUGGAAUGCUGAACCAGUGCAAGUAUGGAAGGAACCCUGUGGUGUUUUUGGGAUUGGUCACCCAUAUUUUGGCCUUCUACCUAAUAUUCCUGAACAUAGCCAGUGAUGCUCCCUUGGCCCCAGAGGAGGGCACACAACUGCAAGGCUUCAUCACUCCCAGCAUCGGGUUGGCAUUGUUCUGCAGUUUUCUGCUUGGGCUCGGUGAUAGCUGUUUCAACACACAACUGCUGAGCAUUGUGGGAUUUAUAUUUCGUGAAGACAGUGCCCCAGCAUUUGCUGUUUUCAAGUUUGUACAGUCCAUUGCUGCAGCCCUAGCCUUCUUCUACAGUAAUUAUCUCCAGCUAUACUGGCAACUGCUCAUUAUGGUACUGGUGGGCUUUACUGGCACCCUUUCUUUCUUUGUGGCUGAAUGGAGGGUGGUCAACUGCGGACGAAACUCAGAUUAUGACAGCAUCUAAUGCCUGGAGUCAGAGAGAAUUUGGAACCAGAAGACUUCCUUUGUGCCCUCCUUUUCAGCUUUUCCUGCAUCUUGCUGAAUCCCCAGGACUGGUGUGGAAUGAGUAGUACUGCAGAAUGUUGUGUUGUUCUCUUUUUUGGCUCACUCAUCUCUCUGAAAUGUGUCUUUUUUGUCUCUUUUUAAUACUCAAUAUAUAAGCCAUUAAAAUCACUGUUUGCUUUUGUGGUAAUUUAGUUCUAAUUUUAAAAGGGAGGGGUUGGUCGAGUGCACCACUCAAAAAUGUGAUACUACAUAAGCUGAAAAAUUAUUUCAGACAUAAUUCAAGCACUGUCGGGAAUUAUCAACAGAACCAGAUAAUGCUGUAUGACAAUUGCCUGAACACAAUCAAAUUGCAGCCUAGCAAUUCCUUAUAGAUAGAGGAAUUUCCAAAGAAUACCCUUUAAUUAUAUAUUUUAAUUAUAAUCCUCUCUCAAAAUCAAUAAGCUUCCAAUGCAAAAUUGCAUUGAGAAACAUUAAACCAUUAAAGUUUUA